AUGAGCAAGAUCUGCGACAUUGACGAGUCGGGCGAUGUCCUUGUCACAUACACUGGCAACGAGAGAGAUGGCCUCAAGGUGGAGAAAACACACACGCCCCUCCCCAAGGCGAUCCUCUACGCCUUCCUCCCCGCCGGCUUCCCCCAUACCGUGACCGACGACUACCUCGCCUACCAGACAUUCGACUCCCUGCAGGCCUUCUCCUCCUCCAUCACCAACCUCCUCGCCAACCGCGCCAUCCUCGAGGGCCUGGGCGUGGGCAGUUCCAGCCAGACACCUACCACCGCCCUCCUCCUGCAGAUCAUCCAGGACACCUUCUCCCGCCUCGCCACCAUCCUGUUUGCCCACCGUAUGGGCCAGGCCAUCGAGCCCGAGUGCAAGUACUACCGCUUCCUCGCUGAUAUCUUCAACGACUGCAGUCAGUUCCUCGACCUCCUGCUCCCGGCCCUGCCCCUCCUGCCCAAAGUCUCCGUCAUGGUCACCGCCUCCAUUCUGCGAUCUUUGUGUGGUGUCGCCGCUGGCGCAUCCAAAGCCACGCUCAGCGCCCAUUUCGCUACAAACGGAAACCUCGCCGAACUAAACGCCAAGGAGCAGAGUCAGGAGACCGUCGUCAGCCUUAUGGGGAUGCUGGUCGGUACCUUACUCGUCAAAAUGGUCGAAGACAAGACGGCUGUGUGGUGCUGGAUGGUGGUGCUGGUGGGAAUCCACCUCCUCACCAACUACUGCGGCGUGUGCGCCGUCAAGAUGCGCACCCUGAACCGACAGCGCGCCACUAUCGUGUUCCGCGAGUUCCUCGAGACCAAGACCGUGCUUACCCCCACCGAGGUUGCCAAGCGCGAGUCCAUCAUCUUUAACAGCCACGGCAACGUAACAUCCCGGACAGCCGAGUACAAGGGAACGGCCAAUUUUGGCGGGUACGGGGAUGUCAUGAACUUCAGACCGUGGGGUUACCACAGAUACGUCUUUGAUACCGAGGACUACUUCAUGGGAAUCUGGCAGUGGGGGCCGAGCUUCACCAUCCGCAUCGCAUUGAAGGAAGGGAAGAGAUCGGACAACGACCCGCUCAUGGCAUGGUUCGACGCCGUUGCUCACGCGUACUACUUCGACACGGCCAUCUUCAAGGAUGGGCUGGGCGGAAUGGGCCACUACGAGAACGAGGUUCCUGACGAUCACCUGGUUGGCUCGGGCGUGGUGGACCGUGACACCAAGCUGGCGCUGCUCAACGCGCUGAGGGAGAAGGGCUGGGAGGUGGAAAAUGCUGCCGUCGAGACCAAGUCGCCGGUGCGGGUCAGGGUCGGUGGCAGCGAGAAGAGUCUCAAGGGCACGUAG